AUGUCCUCUUCUUUUUCCGGUUCCUCAUUCUCCUCAUAUUUGUCUCUUCACUCCACAACCUCGGAGAGCGUCACGUCCAUGGCAUCAACAGGGGGCGGGGACAAGGGGAACGCGGAUAAAGGGAACGCGGACAAGAUUUUUGCUAUACCAGUCACGCCUUCAAAGUCGAAGGUCGCCAAAGAGAACCCUCGUCGAGCUGAAACCGCACGAAAGAUCCUCAAGCUCGAACUCGAUGGCCACCUAUACCAAGACAUCACCGUCGAGCAGUUCGUCAUCAACGUCUGGGGCCUCGAUGAGGCUACUGUGAGAAGAGUGCUGGAUGCCAACAUUGGCCUUCACAAGAGCUAUUGGAGGCAUUACAAAGCUGUGUGCAACAAACCGUCUCAGUCACAACCAGAGCAACAUCUGCAUGAGCCGUUCCGGCACAUUUCGUCGCAUCUGCUCAAGGACGUAUGCAAGAAGCUUGGUCUCGACCCUAAGAAGACGAUAAAGGAUGCGUUCUGGGAUGGAGGAGGAAGCAAGAACAUGAAGAGCCGAUACGCGUAUGGGAGGCUUCGCAAGCCAGACCUGCUGCGAAUAUGGGGUCUUCGAGAUGGUCGGAAACGCCCGCGGUGGAGUGAAACGAAGAGUGCUCUGGAGUUCAAGGUAGAGGAGGCGAAAAGGAGGGCAAAGAAGAAUCCCAACGGCGGCUACACCUACGCUCUUCAGUCCAUCCAGGAAGGUACCGAGAUCGCUGGAAUAGCAACGCCUCAGAGCGGAGCUUCAUCCUCCUUCGCAACAAGCUCGCGCGGUACUGGGAGCGGAUCCCGGGCUCAGUCCUUCUCCACGCCUCUGACCUCCUAUGCCGACCUCUCCCUUUCUACAACAUUCAAAAGCUCGACGUCUAGCAAGCGGCUCUUCGAUGAGGUUGACGGUAGGGAUGCCGAUGAUGGUGCCAAUCCGCCGAAGCGAGCCAAGGUCGCCGCCGAUGAUGGUGACGAGGACGAGGAAGAAGAAGACGAAGACGAGUACAAGAAGCCUGAGAUUGAGGUCAAGAACGGCGAGAUCCAGCUGGCGACCUAUGCACUCGAGUGUCUCGGCGACUCGAGCCGUCACUACACGACAGGCAUCUUCAUCGACAGCACGUCCGUGAAUCUGUGGUAUUACGAUCGUUCCGCCGUCAUCCGAGCCUCCAAGUUUGAAUUCAGUGCCGGCGAGAACAACCACGGCACUAAGCUACUCGCUGUCGCUCUCUUCGCUCUCAGCCAGGCGACAAUGAAGCAAAGCGGCUUUGACCCGUUCGUCCACAGGUUCAUAGAACCCAAGAAUGGCGUUGUACUACAAGAACACCACAUCAAGGCCAUCACCAUCCCUCUCAGUAUACGGUCGAAGACGUGCUUCCGGUUCAACAAGAACGGCGAGGAUUUGAUCUUCGUCGUUGACAAAGUGCUGUACACAUAUUCGUCCAUCAUCGGCCGUGGCACCUAUGUCGCGAGCGGGAAGCAGGCUUAUAUUGGCUCUCCUGUCGGCGAGAUCCCUAAAGUGCUCAAGCUCAGCUGGCAGUUACAGGUCCGGCAUGCGGAAGCCGAGCUGCUCAGGAGGAUCCGUGGUCGACUGCCUGACUACUGGCACAGACACCUUCCGGCGGUCCGGUUCAGCGCGGUUUACAAGCCGGAGGAGCUGGGGUUGCCACGGAGCAAGCUGAAGGAGGUACUGAAGCCGACGAGGAAGGAGAUACAGGAGCGGGACCUCCACGUCCUGGUCACUGAUCUUUACCACAAGCUCCACGAGGCCGCCGAUAUCGAAGAGUUCAAACGAAUCUUCCUUGACUGCCUUGAGUGCCACUAUCACACUUACACGACGGGCCGGGUGUUGCAUCGGGAUAUCAGCGAGAACAACUUGAUGUUCGCUGACCCGAAAGAGGUGACGGCCCCUACUGGGGCAACCGACUGGCCUUCGUCAAGGUGGGGUAUCCUCAACGACUUUGAUCUGGGUUCCGAGAUCGACGCAGAUGGCAACGUCCAGUCAAGCAAUGCCAAUCAUCGCACUGGUACACUCCCUUACAUGGCCACCGACCUUAUCAGCCGACCUGUCCCACGGAACCCUCACGUCCAGUACGUGCCGCCUUCUCACUACUAUCGCCACGACCUCGAAUCCUUCUUCUAUAUCCUCGUAUUCGCGUCGACUCGGUACACAUUCGAUAAGGGAAAGUGCUUGCCUGUCCCCGCGUGUCUUGCCGAAUGGACCAAGAGCGACACGGCAUACAAUAGCAAAUGCGGCUUCUUCACUCCUAGUGGUCUUCAGCACGUGAAUGCUGCUAUAUUGGACCACUUCACGGGCCUGUGGGACGAGUGGAUUAUUCCCCUCUACGCCAUGUUUAUGAAAGCCCGCAACGAUGUCCCUGGAAUCUGGGAACCUGAGUAUAAAGAGUAUGACUUCGUGACUUUCAACAAUCGCAUCACAUUCGAGCAGUUUAUGGCAGCGAUCAAGGUUAAGCCUCGCAACUCGGACGGCAAGCGACCGCUGUAA